AUGGCAGUCGACUGUCCCAUAUGCAACAAACCCGUCAAAUCGUCCGAAAUCAAUAGCCACAUCGACUCUGGCUGCACAAGCUUCAUCGCCGACAAGGACCCUUCGCCACCCACGUCGCAGCAAAACGGAACUUCUCAUACGCCCUCCCAGCAGAAGCGCAGUGCGUCGAGUUUCUUCUCAACGCCCGCGCCGAAACGAAUACACUCCGAUGGCAAGGCAUUGGCCCCUCUUGUGAAUGGGACGUUCCCGCCCAUCAUUGGGAAGAAGCGUAGCUUCGAUGAAGGACCCGGUGCCGGGAACGAGGGCUCCGGCCUCUCGGCUGUCGACCAGAAGGCCAAAAAAAAUGGCGUGGUGAACGGACAGGAAGAAGACGGGCAAGUUUCAAAGAGGGCCAAGACGCAACGCUCAGCUCCCCUGGCCGAGAGGAUGCGGCCCACGACGCUCGACGACGUGUGCGGGCAGGAUCUUGUAGGGCCCAACGGCGUAUUACGAGGCCUCAUAGAGACAAAUCGCGUCCCGUCCAUGAUACUCUGGGGUGCGUCGGGCACUGGCAAGACCACCAUCGCGAGAUGUAUAGCCCACAUGGUCGGGAGUCGCUUCAUCGAGCUCAACGCCACGAGCACGGGCGUGUCCGAAUGCAAGAAGCUGUUCCAAGAAGCCGCCAACGAACUGGCUCUCACGGGCCGCAGGACAAUCAUAUUCUGCGACGAGAUACAUCGCUUCAACAAGGCGCAGCAAGAUGUGUUUCUCAAGCCCGUCGAGGCGGGGACGGUCACACUGAUAGGGGCGACGACGGAAAACCCGUCCUUCAAAGUCGCCAAUGCGCUGCUGUCCCGGUGCCGCACGUUUACGCUGCGGUCGCUCACCGAACAAGACAUUACGGGUAUUCUGAAGAGAGCCAGAGAGGCCGAGGAAGCGGUGUACCCGCCGACGCCGCUGAUAGACGACGAAAUGAUGGGCUACUUGGCCAGGUUCAGCGACGGAGAUGCGAGGACAGCACUGAACCUGCUGGAGGUGGCGCUGUCGCUGACCACGCGCGAGGGCAUCACCAAGGAAGACAUCAAGUCGUCGCUGACCAAGACGCUCGUGUACGACAGGGGAGGCGACCAGCACUACGAUUCCAUCUCGGCCUUUCACAAGUCGGUGCGGGGCAACGACGCCGACGCAGCACUGUAUUACCUGGCGAGAAUGCUGCAGUCUGGCGAAGACCCCCUCUUCAUCGCCCGCCGCAUGGUCGUCAUCGCCUCGGAAGACGUCGGCCUGGCGGACAACACCCUCCUGCCCCUGGCGACGGCGGCGUACACGGCCACGCAGCAAAUCGGCAUGCCGGAGGCUAGGAUCCCGCUGGCCCACUGCGCCAUUGCGCUGUGUCUCGCGCCAAAGAGCACGCGUGCGUACCGGGCCCUGAAUAGUGCGUACGCGGCGCUGCGCGAGCCGGGCGUGGCCAGUCUCCCCGUGCCGCUGCAUCUGCGGAACGCGCCCACCCGACUUAUGCGGGACAUGGGAUACGGCGCCGAGUACAAGUAUCCUCCGAACUACCGCGACGGCAGGGUUCGUCAGACCUAUCUCCCCGGGGAGCUCGUCGGCCGGAGGUUCCUCGAGGAGAGGGAUCUGGGGACCGAGGUCGACCCUGAUCUGGUCAUGGGUGAAGGCUGA